AUGUCCGGGGAACUCGCCACAGCGAAUAUGGGCAAGUUCGGGCUGUUAUCUGUUGCUCUGCUUUCGUUGCAAGCUCUGCUUGCGCGCGGAGAGAAUCCUUCUGCUGAGCCUGCUACUGAGGAAUCCAAAAUCCCAACAUUGGCCGUUACGGUCUCAGCCACCUUUCCCAAUUCCGAGUUUUUUGGGGUCAAACUUGUGAACGGCAACCCAACCCAAGCCCUGCUGUCCAUCACCAACGAAGAACCUAAUCCAGUAACCUUGAACCUGGUUGGAGGCACCCUGUCGACGCUUGAAGCUCCAGGAAAAGCAAGCCGUAAUGCCCGCAACCUUACCGUGUCCCGCUUCGACAUCGAGAUUCCUAGUGGGAAACAGCACACCUUGGGGUAUGCUUUCGUCACGGAGAUGCACCCUCAGGAAUUGAGGUUGAACCUUGCCGCUAUUAUCUCAAAUUCCGAGGGCAGAUCAUUUACCGUCGAGGCCUAUAACGGCACUGUUAGCAUCGUUGAACCAGAAACAAGCAUCUUCGAUCCCAAAGUUCUCUUCCUAUACAUUUUCCUCUUGGCCUCCUUUGUAGGAGUUGCCUAUUUUUUCUACAACAUCUGGAUCGCCCCCUACCUCCCUCAGAAGCGCAAGGGUGGAGACAAAGUAAAGAAGUCCUCCGGGCAGCCGAAGACUGAGACCGAGCAAGCUUCCGUCACUGGAGCUGAAAGAUCAAGUGCCACUUCAGGAAAAGCCUAUGACACCGAAUGGAUCCCCGCGCACCAUAUCCACAGGCCUGAGCCGCGGAAAGUGAAGAGUGGAGGCCGAACGAAAUCCAAAGCCUAA